AAUACGCGCCCAAUCUGCGCUUCCGUCUGGCACCUUUGCUGCUUUUUCUGCAGAUAGGAUUCAUUAUCAUAUAUGCAUUCGGAACUGAGAUUGAAAGCAAUGUAAAAAUAGAUGGGACCACCUUCAGCAACUUUUACCCAGGUAAGUGGUGAGUGUGGAAGGGGGAGAGUGUCAGAUAACUGGGGCUGAGGACAUUUCAAGUGUUAUUUUUAUAACUCAUUGAUGAAAAAUGCAUUUUAGUCUACUUCACACAGGUUCUUUAAGAAACGUAAUACUGAAUGCAGGAGUAUGGGGAGGGGCUGCGGUUACUGUGGGGCAUUGAUAAGCUCAUUCGGUUGCUGUUUUUUUGGUAGCAGACGACCUUAGCUGUAUGCUGACUUUUCUUUGACAGAGUUCCAGGAUGUCAAUGCAAUGGUGAUUCUAGGUUUUGGCUUCUUUUGCACUUUCCUGGUGCGGUAUGGAUUCAGUGGCUCUGGGUUCAAUCUCCUGGUGGCUGUCAUUGCCACUCAAUGGGCUAUCAUACUCAAUGGAAUCGAGUCCUGGUAUUACAGAGGAAAGAUCAGAGCAGAUUUGAGAAGCUUAGCAGUUGCAGAGAUGUGCGCAGCCUCUGCUCUUAUUUCAAUUGGAGCCAUGCUGGGGAAGGCCAACCCUGUCCAGCUCAUCCUCAUCUCCCUGCUGGAGGUGUCAGGGUUUGUCCUGAAUGAAUGGGUCCUUCAGACUCUGCUAAAGGUCCGACCUCCGAACAGCAUCAUGCUGCUUCAUGUCUUUGGGGCCUUCUUUGGACUCAUGCUGACCUGGAUGUUGUAUCGGAAAGGAUCCGAGCAGCGAUUUGAAAAAGAGAAAUUUGACCGCAAAACAGGAUUAUUCUCCAUAUUAGGGACUGUGUUUCUCUGGAUGUUUUGGCCCAGCUUCAAUUCAGUCCUUGUUGAUGAUCGUACACCUGGGAGGAAGCUGGGGGCUGUCUGCAGCACCUACCUGGCCCUGGCAGUCAGUGCUGUAACAGCAGCUGCUGUGUCUGUGCUCUCAUGUCCCAAGGGAAAACUGAACCCGAUCCAAAUGCAGUCUUGCAUUCUUGCUGGUGGCGUUGCUGUUGGGGUAUCUGUUUCAGCGGUUCAUCAGCCAUGGGAAGCCAUGACAAUAGGAUUCACUGCUGCAGUUGUAUCAACCAUUGGAUUUCGAUACGUCAAGACCCACAUCCUUUUUGCAUAUCAGUGCCAUGACACCUGUGCAGUCCUGAGCACACAUGGACUUCCUGGUCUACUGGGAUGGCUAGCACAACUCCUUCUACAGAUAAGAGACUGUGAUGAUCAUGCAACGGCAAUCCGGUUUGCCAUAUUUCAAAUCAAUACCAUACUCAUCACCAUCGCUCUAAGUCUGUCCAUGGGAAUCAUUACAGGGCUCCUUCUCAAGUGGAGGUUUUGGAGACCACCCCAAGACAAGAAUUGUUUUGAUGAUCAGGCUUUCUGGGAGGUAUACAACCAAGUUUUUAUAUCUGAAAAGAUGUUAUCAAUUCUAGCGGUCUAUAGUGAUAUUAAACAGUAAUGCACUUAGCACUGUUUUGUUUUGUUGUGCUAGACCAUAACAAAGUGAAUU